CCUAAUUGUAAGGAAAGCCCUAUAAAUUCCGUUAAAGAACAAGUAAAACACGCGUGAAAAUCAAAGUUCUGAACGACACCCCUUGACUCUUCUUGAGAGAGAAAGAAACAAAUAACAGUUCUUCCUUCACAGUGAUCAGUAAAGAUGGCUAAAUCAGCGGCGAUGAUUCUAAUGGUGGCGCUGAUAUCAUCAAUGGUGGCGUUAACGGCAGCGCAAAGUUCAGAAGAAAUACCGAAAUGCGCAACAGAGUUAACUUCAUGUCUUAGCUACUUGAACUCCACCACAACGCCGCCGGCAACCUGCUGUACUCCAUUAAAGUCAGUUGUCACUAAUGAAAAAGAUUGUCUUUGCGGUAUUUACAAUAAUCCAACUGUGAUUCAGAAUUUUGGUAUCAAUGUGACUCAUGCCCUCAAUCUUAUCACUCUUUGUCAUGUUGAUACCAUUAAAGAUCCCUCAACUCUUUGCAAAGCUGUUGCUCCAUCUUCAUCUAAAGCUACUCCUUCAAGUGGGUCUGCUCCAAAGUCUUCUCCAGGGAGUGCUUCUACUAGCAGUCCUCCGGGAAAUGCUGCAACUAAGAUUACAGGGGUUGGAUUAAUUACUAUCUCAAUUGUGUUUUGGGCAUAUACAUUGUUCUAUUAGAUGCUUUGUGUUCUUUCAAUCUGUAAUAAGAACAUUAUGGCUUCUUGUAGUUCCCCGCCCUGAAAAAUGUUAUGUAACUUGGGAGUUAUUUGAUUAUGAACAAAAUUUAUAUAUACAGAAUCGUGUACGUUGAGGUCAUUUCGGUAUUAAGUUAUUCUGAAGGACUUUUGUGUAUUGAAAAUAACUUUUUCUGGAGCUUUCUUCUA